CUCGUGGCGUAUUUGCCUUCCGUAAAACCUCUCCCAUUACUGUAAUUAAACGGGGUAUAGAGCCGACAUUUCUCUGCAUAGCAACUGGACAGUGAUUCGCCGUGAUGUGGCUGACGAGCAUAGCAGUGACCGUGGCGGUGACAUUGGUGCUGGUGUAUUCCCCGGAGGUCCACGCUGCCACGCUGGAUUCGAACCAGCUGAGAGAGGAACCACACGAAUAUGGAGUAAACAGGCAUCGUAGAACACUGGCGCCUGAUACUUUUGCAUCACCUGGGAAUAUCGUGUACAGCGUGGUCGGCUUCAUCAUGGCCGGGUCGCUCCUCUUCGUCAACCUGUUCGACCCCUUCCGCGUCGCCGUCAUCCAUUUCUUCGACGCCGCCUUCGGGCCGAGGACGGAGAGGCGGCGAAAGCGGGAGGCGGGGGCGGCGGCGGCGGCGCACAAGGGCCUCGAAGUUUACGUGGCCGAGGCCUUCGAUACCCUGGUGGCUUCCGUGGACAAGCUGGAAGCCCUGGCCGGCAGCGUGGAGGAGUAG